AUGCUUUUAUUUAUUAGACAUGGAGAAAGAGCAGAUAUGGUUGAUAAUCCAGAUGAAAGGAAAAAGGUUUUAUUAAAAUUUGAUCCUCCACUUACAGAAAAAGGAGAGUAUUAAGCUAGAAUAACAGGAUAACGAUUAAGAAAAGAACUAGAAGAAUUUACAAAAUAAAAAUAAAUUGCAAUUGAAGAUUUAUCAAUUGUAAAUAAUAUCUCUUUAAGAAUAUAGAAUUUUAUAUCAUCUCCAUUUUUAAGAUGUAUUUAAACUGCAGCAAUUUUGAUGAAAGAGAUUCCAAACAAUUCAAAUUUAUAUAUUUAAGAUGAAAUUGGAGAAUUAAUGUAUUCUCAUUCCUUUAAAUAAAAUAUAUUAAUGUAAUUACAUAUCAAUACUUUGUAACACCCCAUUUUAAAAAAUGAUUAUAUUGAUGGAAUUUUAAUUACAAGAGAAAAGUUUAUAAAGACUAAACUUAUUUAACCAAUCUAUCCUGAAGAGUAAGACUAGUGUCAACUUAGAGUGGGUAAGUUUCUUUCAGAGUUAUUAACACAUAUGAAGUCACUUCAAAAUAAAAAUAAUACAAUUUAUAUUUGUGUUACACAUCAAGGAGUAGUUUCAUUAACUUUAAAAAUUCAAAAUGUUAAGAGUCCUUAUUAAGUUGGUCAUUGUGGUCUGUCUUCAUUUAUUUUAGAAGAUAAUGGACUAAUAAAAAAUUAUUAUAAAGGAGAGUCCAUUUGGUAUUGA